UAGAUAUGCUGCAUGCAGAAUCGCAUUUUCACUUUUUCUCUCAAUUUCAUCUGCUUUCUCUCCUGAAGCAAUCAUGGCGUCCGCGUCAUUCCUACUCUCGAUCCACACAGUCGGCCGAAAAUCCUCCGCCAUUCCUCCAGCUCCCCGGAUCUCAGCCGGAAUCGCCACCAUUUCCACGGGAAGCAGGAAUGCCUCUCGGAAUGCGUCGUUGUACGAGGUGCUGGGAAUGAGGUCAAGCGCCACGUGCCAGGACAUCAAAUCCGCCUACAGGAAGCUCGCCAGAGUUUUGCAUCCAGACGUCGCGGCGUACAGAAACGGAGACGACGGUAGGACGUCGUCCGACGAGUUUAUGCGCGUGCACGCCGCGUAUGUUACUCUCUCCGAUCCGGAGAAGCGUGAGGUGUACGACGACUCGUUGUUCCGACGGCGGCGGAGCGAGGCUAUUUCGCUGGAUAGCUGUGUCUCCGGAAUGAAUGGACGGCGACGGAAUUGGGAGACUGAUCAGUGCUGGUAGUGAAGAUUUUGAAGCUAUAGACGGUAUACUAAGCUUUAUAGAUCUGCACAUAAUGCUGUUAGCGUUAAAAAGUAGCGAGAAAGUACUUGUAUAUAGAGGUAUGGAUUUUGAAGAAAUUGUGAUGCGACAUACUGCAUUUGCAUUAUUUUCAAUCAAAGUGCCUUUAGAUCUUUAGUAUAACCAAAACAUAUCCGAUUUCCGAAGGAUCUAGCAUCCCGUGCAUAAAAAACAUUCGAUCUUGUGUUAGUAGCUAUGAAACUAUUCCUUACUAUAAAUGUAAACGACUUUACUGAACAAAUAAUCCGUAGGCAUAUUUAUAGAGACGUGAUCGUACUAAAGUAUACAUGCUGCCAAAACUUUGUUGAAUUCAAAGAACUGUCACGCAAUUGCAAGUGCAUAGCUGCACGCACUCUGUAUGAUUGCAUUUGGUGUAUUCCUGUAAUUGGUUUCCUAUUUUGUCUUGCUUGAUUAGUUACAAGCUCUGAUGUUGAUCUUCAA